CAGUAGAGAAACCAGAUGUUGGUGCUGGGUCAAAUGUGUUUUCUUCAGUUUGAGAGCUGUGUGUGUAGACUUAGAAAGGGGUCCUGUCUUAGGACAGGAAUGGUGACACCUAUUUUCCCUUGGGCAGACUCCUAAUGCAUCUGGUUAACUGGUGGUGAGCAGGAGCUUUGGAACCAGUGUGGUAGGCUCCACAAGGAAACCCUCUGAAACCCAAUGGAUGCAUUCACGGGCUCUGGUCUCAAGAGGAAGUUUGAUGAUGUGGAUGUGGGCUCAUCAGUUUCCAACUCCGACGAUGAAAUCUCCAGCAGUGACAGUGCUGACAGCUGCGACAGCCUCAAUCCUCCCACAACCACCAGCUUCACACCCACAUCCAUCCUGAAGCGGCAGAAACAGCUACGGAGGAAGAAUGUGCGCUUUGACCAGGUGACUGUAUACUACUUUGCCAGGCGCCAGGGUUUCACCAGUGUGCCCAGCCAGGGCGGUAGCUCUCUGGGCAUGGCCCAGCGCCAUAACUCUGUACGCAGCUACACACUCUGUGAGUUUGCACAAGAACAGGAGGUGAACCAUCGAGAGAUUCUUCGUGAGCACCUGAAGGAGGAGAAACUCCAUGCCAAGAAAAUGAAGCUGACCAAGAAUGGGACAGUAGAGUCAGUGGAGGCUGAUGGCCUGACCCUGGAUGACGUCUCAGAUGAAGAUAUUGAUGUGGAAAAUGUGGAAGUGGAUGAUUACUUCUUCCUUCAGCCUCUGCCCACCAAACGUCGACGGGCCCUGCUGAGGGCUUCUGGGGUCCACCGAAUUGAUGCUGAAGAGAAACAAGAACUUCGAGCCAUCCGGCUGUCUCGAGAAGAGUGUGGAUGUGACUGUCGGCUGUAUUGUGACCCAGAAGCAUGUGCCUGUAGCCAGGCUGGGAUUAAAUGCCAGGUGGAUCGCAUGUCCUUUCCAUGCGGCUGCUCCAGGGAUGGCUGUGGGAACAUGGCUGGGCGCAUAGAGUUUAAUCCAAUCCGUGUGCGGACUCAUUACCUCCAUACCAUCAUGAAGCUGGAGCUAGAGAGCAAGCGGCAGGUGAGUCGCCCAGCAGCCCCUGAGGAGGAGCCCUCACCCACUGCCAGCUGCAGCCUGACAGGAGCUCAGGGCUCAGAGACUCAGGACUUCCAGGAGUUCAUCGCUGAGAAUGAGACUGCAGUGAUGCACCUGCAGAGUGCGGAGGAACUGGAGCGGCUCAAGGCUGAGGAAGACUCUAGUGGUUCCAGUGCCAGCCUGGACUCAAGCAUUGAGAGCCUGGGUGUGUGCAUCCUGGAAGAGCCCCUGGCUGUGCCUGAAGAGCUGUGCCCAGGCCUCACGGCCCCCAUUCUCAUCCAGGCUCAGCUGCCCCCCGGCUCCUCUGUUCUAUGUUUUGCUGAGAACUCGGACCACCCAUCUGCCUCGACGGUGAACAACCCGUCCUACUUGAACAGUGGGCCCCUGGUCUACUACCAGGUGGAGCAGAGGCCAGUCCUAGGAGUAAAAGGAGAGCCUGGUAUCGAAGAAGGCACAGCCUCUUUCCCCAAGGAGAAGGAUGUGAGUGUCUUCUCCCUCCCUGUUACCUCACUGGUGGCUUGCAGCCCCACAGACCCAGCUGCUCUCUGUAAGUCAGAUGUAGGGAAAGCACCCACCCUAGAUGCGCUAUUACCUGACGACUGUGACCCCGAGGAGCCUGAGAACGAAGACUUCUGCCCCUCCUGGUCCCCCUCAAGCCUCCCUUUCCGCACAGACAAUGAAGAGGGCUGUGGGGUAGAGCAGAGCUCCCAGCAGAAUGAGGACCGGCCACCCGAAGAGUCUGCCCUAGAACUCCCUCUGGCAGUGUGACAUGGGCGCACCGUCCUGCCUCUUGCCCGUUCUCUAUUUAUUCCCUUAUUUUAUCUAACGCCAUUUCGAAACAAGACUAGAAGCAGCUGCUGCUCCCAUGUUAUUUUAUUGGGGUCUUUGGGGAAACUGGAUGGGAAAGGAUUGUUUGUACAAGUAUUUUUUAAAAUGGAAACAAUACCAGGAGCGGCCCCAUCUUGAUCUGGGGAGUCUUAGAAGAGGCUGCACAGUGCCCAGUACUAAACAUUCUGGGCCAUCAAAGCAAAGAUGUAGGAUCUCACAGGAGUAGCUGAGUAACUCAAGCUGCUGUUCCUCACAUAGGGACCAGAACACAAGAAUUUGCUUGGCAGAGCCCCUUCUCACCUGGGCUUCAGGCAGGGACAAGCUCAUUUCUCUCAGUGGUUAUUCUGACAUCCCAUCUUGGUGUAUCAUAAUCAUACACCUGGAAAGGUCACCUGGUUGAAUCUACAGAGAGGGUGGAAGGGUCUUGCUUUCUCUACAAACCUCCAGGAUGUCUAAAAUUUUAACUCGUCUUCCCCUGAACCUAUUUGGUAAAUAAGUUAAUAUUUAACAUGUUUGGUGUUUUCUGACCUGCUCCCCACACUGGGGAUUCCUGGUCUAUAACUUGAAUUGUUUCUUUCACAUGUUUUUAGAUACUAGAGUUAAAUUUGUCUGUCUUCUUUCCUCCAUCCUUUGACUGAAAGGAAAAAAGAAAAAAAAAAAAACUAUAUUGGCCAGGUGUGUGGUUUGAAGAACCUGAGGCUUCUGCAUGUAUCUAAUGCUGUCUGGGUCAAGCAGCUUCAGGUGAGGCUCACCCAUCCAUCCCAUAGAGCAUUAACUAUGUCCAAAGGAGGCCACAGGAACAGCCUACCAUAUGGAAAGAUGACUUUACUAUUGUCAUGUCCGCUUUUUUAUCAGCUCCCCACCCUUGGGGAGAUUGGAGCUUUAAGUGGAAUAUAAGAUGUGGCAAUCUAAGGUCAUCAACUCAUUUUUGUUUUAUGUUUUUCUUCUACUCCUUGUCCUUCUUGGAAUAUAUACAGGGUUAGAGUUCUUACACUAUUCCAGUUCAACACUAAGAACUGCAGAUGUUUAUCAGAUACCUUCAUCUGGAUGAUUUAUAAAAGUUGGAAGCCAAAUCAAUUCUUAAAGGCUAUAUACAGUUUCCAGGUUCCACUGAAUUCAAUAUCUAAUUGUAUUUAAAAUGUAUAGAAUAAUACAACUCGAAUUCAGACCUUCCUUCCGUCAGUUCUUACUCAUCUCAUGUUCAGCUUAUGUUUCACAGUCUCCAUUGAACAACAUUGAUUUCUUUAUUGGCAAUGAUACCUUUGCCUCUUUUACAAUGGAGGCAGCAGGGAACGAACACUACUGGUUCUCUAGCAUCUUUAUACCAAGCUUCAUUUCUGGCAAAUGAAGCAUGGUAUAAAUUUCAUUUCAGAAAAGAAAAAAGUAAUGCCUUUUUUUUGGUGGGAUAGGGGGAGAUAGUAAGGUCUGGUGUCUUAGAGCCAACUUCACGUAUGUGGUGGCAGUACUCCACCUAUAUGAUCUCUAAACUCAGCCUGAAGGGCAUUCACUCAAGACAGGUAUAGGUUUUAACUACUUCUGCCUUUCCUGGUUUUGUCUGGCUUUAUGUUUAGAGGAGAGUCCUUCAAUACACACAGAUCCUUAUCUCUCCCUGUGCCUUUGGCUCACAAAAUUUAGUCCCUGGGAUGUAGAUGCUAUUCCCACGUAGACUAGAACUGCCAAACACAAGUCUGAAGUUUAACUGGGAAUGCAACUCAAAGAAGAAAAUAAUCAAAGUUUGUUUAAAGGAGUGCUCUGCACAUUCCCUCCUUAGAAAGGUUACAACUUAAUUUAGGACAUGGAUUCCAGUUACAUAUUAAGCCCUUUGGAGUCAUGAAUUAAAAUGUGUAAUUAUUAUUAAACUCAUUGCCAACCCCUAAUGUGUUUGAUAUUCCUGCAAAACUAUAGUUUCUUAAUCUAAGUCCAUUCCUUCAUUAACUGUAUAAUUCUGACUCAAACUGACCCCAAACUUCUGAAUACUAAACAUUUAGCAUUUAUUUAGCAUUUAACAUUUAUUGUCAAGCAAAAGGCCUUUUCUACAACCUAAGUCCAUCUCAUUUCUGGUGCUAUCUGAGUUGGACAACGUUAUAGCUCAUGGUUGCUAGCAAAGCAAGGCCCUGAUUAUAGAAGCAGAUUGCUUCAGUCCCACUCAUCUAAGCCUAGAUGAAAGAAAUGACUCAUGACCACAACUCUGUUAUUUUCCAGUUCCUUUCUCACACACUGUACCCAGGUAGUAUUUUUAAUGUGAAUCCAAAGCUUGUCUGGUUCUCUGAAAACAAUUUCCCCUUUAGGUUCUUUACAUUGUGAUAAUGCUGUAUUUAAAGAGAAUAUUUAAAUGUAAUAUUAAACAAAUAUUCAAAAGAAUGGUGUGUUGUUAUUAUCUUAGCAGACUGCAAGUAGUUACUUGUUAGUUAGAGAAAGGCUUUUAUGGCUUUGUAUAUAAAACCAAUUAGGUCAGUCAAGAAAUAGUGUUAACAAGAGAAAUACUUUGUGAUGGAAAUGGAGAAUAUUCUAUUUGAAAUACCACAAGCCUGUCUUGCCUCAGAGGUCCUAUGUACCUCUUUAAUGGAAGGAAGCCUUGCUCCUGCCCUGUUACAUCUUCGCCCUUUGUAGUCUCAUUUCUCUCCAUUCUUAGUUACCAUUUUAAAAUGUCCACUAGAAGAUCAACUCAAAUCAGCUCCUUCAAAACUUCCAUCCCAUGAGAAGGUUCUACUUCAACCAAUUAAAUCCACAUUCAUUAGAUUAUGUCAGUCUUGUAAAAGGAGCCUUAGAAAAGUGAUUAGGUUGUACAAGAAUAAUUUCCAUCAGCAUAUUUCAGGCAGUCUUGGGUUCAAACAGUGCUUCAUGCAUUUAUAGUAAGUUAUUACAGAACUACAGGUCAUAGAUGUACACACAAAAGCUAAACAUAACUUACUAUCUUAAUGUCAAUCUCUCCUGGUCUCCCAGGGCUGGGUAGUACCUUCACCAGUUUUGACCUAUGGCCCAAAGGAGACAGCCACUGUCGGUUAUAGUUGGGUUUCUGCAACAGUGGAGGUAGCAAGUAAUUUAAGAUCCAUGGGGACUGUAUAACAGCCCUUAAGACAAUAGGGGCUGAAGGCUGUAAACACUGGGGAAGAGACCAGUCAGCACUUCCUUUCUAGCUUUUCCUUUACAAUGUUCCCUUAAGUUAUU